AUGGCUCGAAAAAUUAAUUAUUUAGGGAUGUUAAACCAUCAACAUCUUGUGAAAUUAAUCAGUUACUGUUUAGAAGAUGAUCACAGCAUGUUGGUAUACGAGUUCAUGUCUAGAGGGAGCUUGGAAAAUCAUCUUUUCAGAAGAAGUUCUUACUUUCAACCUCUCUCAUGGAACCUACAAAUUAAAGUCGCUUUAGGUGCUGCGAAAGGCGCUUUAGGUGCUGGAAAAGGGGCUUGGCCAAGGUCAUACACAUCUAGCACUGCAAUUGAAACAAAACGAAAUGCUGGAGGUGGCCAUAAGAAAAGGAUCCACCAGGAACAGGAAAAACACAAACAAUUAUUGGGCUUCUUAGUGCCAUAUUACAUACCAACUGAGUAUCUAAAUGUAGACAUUCAAGACAAGUAUGCUUUUCCAUGGAGUAAGCAAGUUGUCUCUUCUAUCAAAGGUGUUAGCAGUGACUGUGAGAUUCAUUCAAAAGGAUGUUUAGGAGAAGAAAACAUCAUUCAACCCCCAGAACGUAUUUCAAGUUAUUCAUUGAUUGGCUGCUUGACCUUAGUACCCUUGAUCCGGUUUUUGAAGGUGCAAACUUUCAGGUUCUGACAGCUCUAGCAACCUCCUUCCAUGCCUUGCAGCCUCUCAAAGUUCCUGCAUUCAGGUUAUUCUCUUAGAAAGGAAAUUGUCAAAGGAGAAUUUAGUCAUGGG